CUUCACCGUUGUGGUUAUUAGCACAUUGAAAAAUACACACCAAAUGGUUUCAUAGAACACUUCUACAUCAACGGUGCAUGGACGUUGUAGGAAAAAUGGCGAGCCGCGGCCUUCCUUUACGGAUGGGCUCGCGAGAGUUUCUUGUUGCGUUUCGAUCCAUUUCACACCAGACAUGCAGAGGACCACGACCGGAGGUCCUAAAACAAGCCUUCCUCCAGGAUUCCUUGGCACAUGCAGAGGUCCUAAAACAAGCCUUGGCAACCACGCCUCAUCCUCAACACAUCGCGAUUAGGUCUUCCAGACGCCGUAGUCGUGAUGAACUCCUGUUUAUGCUAAGCAGGAGGAGAGCUUUGUCCUCACAAGCAGGAAAGGGUGGUCCGCAGAAGGAUGCUGCGACAUCAACGGCAGCUACUGCUGCAACUAAUCCUAAUGAAAUGAUAGUAGACGACCGAGAUGAGCCUAAAAAGGACUUCCGACUCACAACUGAAGAAGCAGACAAGUAUAAUCGAUGGAGUGUGUUUCCCAAAGUGUUUCUCGUGCAAAUACCAACUUAUGAUCACAACUUUUACAACAGUUUGAAUGAUGUGCUAGCAUCUCUUACUCCCAGAAGAUAUGAUUCAUUUUGCACGUAAGCUACAUCCCGAUGAUUGAUUAUUUUGUGGAACAAGAAUUGCUUAUUUGUAAAAUCCUGCGGUUAAGAAAUUCUGCCAUCUAUUUGUAUUUCACAUUUUGUUAAGCUUAAGUCUACUUAUAUCUUCUAAUCUUCCGGCGCCGUCUACGCCUGGUCGAUGUGGGCACCCGAUUUGUGCAAGUCAUUGGGCGUCGUCUCAGCUGCAGCGUUGGAUUGGAGUCUUGCUAGUGUGGGCAUGACUUUCUCCAGUCUAGCAGUUGGAUUUGGCAUCUCUGUAGGCCUCCUGGGCCCUACAAUGGAGAAAUACGGUGCGAGGAAGAGCUCCUUCGUAGGAGGCCUCCUUUUUGGAGGUGGACACUUAGCUAAGGUUCCUGUAGUAAUCUACUAGUCUACCCUAAUUAAAUGUCUCUGCUACCUCUUGAAUGGGUACACUACUACUACUACUACUCUAAUCUAUGAAACGAAAAUUUGUUAUCAUUCCUUUUUCUUUUCCUAGUUAGCUUGGCUCCACUCGUAUUUAUUAUCAAGUUUCUGAAGAAGAAAAGCAUGAUAAUGAUAACAGAUUUUCUUUUCAUAUAAUCUAAUCUUUGAAUACUGUCUCUGAACACGUCUCCAUGUAUGGUUCGAUCACAAGGAUUCCCUUCUUGUUUUCCUCAUGAAGAUCGAAAUCAGGUUACCAAAUACCAGCACCAUUCACUCUACGGCCAUCAUGAACGAUGGUAACAGAGACAGCAGCAGGCAUCCACUGCAUAGCUCUUGAAAACUAUCCAUGGGGUAGUACAACUCUUUCCUUGAUUUCACUGCGAGUUUGCGAUACUCUUCAAGGAUGCAGUUGGAGCACGGAACUUUCUGCUUUGUCAAAUAAUUCGUGUUGACCUUGUUUUUAGUCAAAUUGACCUUGUGGUCUACAUCUAAUUUAGUAUCUGCUUUGGGAUGCUAUUACCACUUCUUGCCUGCUAUAUGGUUAGGCUGGGGCUUCGCAGGUGGGCUUGGCUGGGGACUUGGGUAUAUUCCACCAAUUGGGUUGUUGGUUAAGUUAAGGUACAAUCAUCAUCAUCAUCAUCAUCAUCAAGAAUGGCUUCUCACUGACUUCUAGGCACCAACCAUGGGCUUACUAGUUAGGUCGUUAGGAGCUUGACAAGCUUGUAGUCGAUCAAAUUAUACGUAUUUCUUAGUCGCUUAAAGCCAAGACACUGCAUCUUAAUCAUUAUAAUCUAUGGUCCAGUAAGAGUAAUAUCAGAUUAAUGAUGAUAGUUGCCCUCUUCUCUUUUCUAUUUUCCUCUGGUCUUUCUUUUUUCUAGUUAGGUCGUCUCCGCCACAAAUAUCAGAAUCUUCAUCUCAAAAAUACUUCAUCUUUCUACCCUUUGACAUCUUCUUCUUACUAGUCGUAUUUCAGGUUGUGUUUUUCACUGUUUCCCUUAUGUAUCCCAAUCGUAACCUUCUGGUUCCCUUUUCUAACCUUCUGUUUCCCUUUUAUCCCUUUUCUAACCUUCUGGUUCCCUGAUCGUAAAGGCACUGCUACCGGAGCUGGCAUUGCGGCGUUCGCUAGCGGAGGACUUUUUGCAGCUCCAAUGAUAGAAGGAUUGAAGACGGCGUUUGCGAAACCUCCUGUUUCACUUCCGGUCGGCGAUUUGAGCAUUUUGAAUACCAAAGUUGAAAUAUGAAAGGAAAAAGUGUGUACCUGUACUCAUUCUCAUAGUCAUGCUCUUCAAGACAAGAGGGUUUAGGGUCAGGGUUUCCUACUCAGCACGUGCCUCGUAGUUGCUUGCGGGUGAGUAGAGUACACCUUCUCCGGUCAUAAGAAGAAGGCAGACAAUGGAUACAGCUUGCCGCGGAUACAGGCCUCCCGAAUUGGCAUGAGGUGAUCCAAGAGGGGGACUUCCUUUACCAAGUUGGGACUGGAGAGACUGGCUGCGCAGGAGCCUUUGCGAGUUUAGGCCUGUUGUAUACGCUAUCUAUGACCCUUGGAAGUUCGACGUUGAAAGAGCCACCAGUAGGGUGGCUGCCGCCUGCUAUGAGGAUCGCAGCGCAAGAAGCGCCUACAUCAGUAGCAAAUUCCGCAGGAGAUGGUAACACCACUAAAACAUCAGAACAAGAAGCUUCCUCGUCGACAGCGCUCGUCGACACCUCUGUCUCAGCUCAGGACGCCAUGAAAACCUCGCAGUUCUACCUCCUCUGGCUAACUCUAGCCUGCAACGCUAGUGCCGGUGUUUGCGUGAUCUCGUCCGCAAAACUGAUGAUGGGAGAUAUCUUCGCAGCGAAAUUCCCUGCUGUUUAGGGAAGACCCUGAUUUCUUGAAACAAAGGGCUAUUAUUUAACAAACAAUUCCCAUUUUGGAGUUUUUAACGACUAAAUCUUCAUCUUCUAGCUCAACAGUCAAGACGGUAAAAAUAUUGUUUUUCUCAACAAGGAUUAUAGGCUUAAGAUCCAGAUUUACUCAUAGUACUCAUACUUUCCCACCUGCUCCUAAGUCAAGAUCCUCGUCCUUUCUAUUUCAUUCUUUCGUCACCACUGGCUUUACGACGGGCUUCGUAGGCGCAUUAUCAGUUGCAAACGCAGGUGGGCGAUUAGUCUGGGCGAGCUGUAGUGACAUUAUUGGCCGAAAAAGUACCAUGUUCGUCACUUCCUUGUCGCUUCCAUUAAGGCUACAAGAAAUCCACCUGCUCAAACAUCUUGUUGCCUUUUUUUAAGGGAAAAGGGGAACCAACGCGGAUACUUCUUCUGCUGAAGCUGGACUUGUGAUGGGUCUAAUUUCAGCGUGCUUGUUAGUGCCGCAGAUAACAGGGAUGCUUGGUCAGCCGGAGGUGGGCAAUGGCGCUUUGAAUUAUGAAGAAUGAGUAUUUUUGACUUGUACUUAAAAAAAGACUACAUGUAGUUCUUGUUGUUAUAUCUAGCAAAUAUAGAAGAAAAAAUUCUACUUCAACGGCAACAUGAUAAUAUAGAUAGCGAGCUAUGCCGUGGAAUGUUUACAAUAAUUGGCGGGGUUUUGUGUUGAGGUGUCGAGGAGCAAUGUUGUGGGAUAAUACAGAAGAUUGUACUACAAACAUUGCUCCUCGACACCUCAGCAGAAACUGUCCUACCCCCCCAACGGAGACUGUCCCACCCCUAAUCCUCCCUAGCAGCUGGCGCUACCGAUCCUUCUCUUUUACCGCUCUACGUCUUUUAUGGGACUACCUUUGCGAUUGUUAGUUGGUACGGUGGCGUCUUGGCGCUUGUUCCAAGCUAUGCUGCUGACGUAUUCGGCACGCGGGAAGUGAAUGUGAUCUAUUUACGAUGACCAUGAAUUACGCUAAUUCUAAACCUAAUCUAUCUUCCGAAGCAUCUUGGAGCAUAAAAAUGAGACUGGGCGGUAAAGAGAAGUAAGCUCUUGAGAAAAGGUGAAGCAACAUCUUGGAGCUGUCCCAUAACAAUAUGGGGACAAGACCAGAAGCAGGACCUUAAAAGAUACUUGUAUCUGCUAAAAAAGAUACAGCAUCUACUUCUUCAAGAUGUUGAUCAAUCUCAAUUUAUUAUUUGUGGAUAUUAAUUUCUCUCUCGCUUAGAAAUACUGAUCUUAGAAAGUCCUAGGUUCAUCUUAUUAUUUCUCUGUCGCAUCUCUCUUAUUUCUCUCUCUAAUCUCUGGCCGCCUCAUGACGGGCUGGUCAGUCUCCGCGAUCGGCACGCCUGGAUUGUUAGCUUACCUGCGAUCUGUGGACGAACGGAAAGCCAUAGAGAACCUAGUGAAGCAAAUUCCUCCCGAGAAGUUCCAAGAAAGGUUUGCGGUGAAUGCGUCUUAUGAAGAAACAUGAAAAACUGAAGAGUGAUCUCGGAAUCGCGGCUACAAGUUGUAGACUCGUCUUCAAUCCAAAUAUUAGAAAAAAAAGGUUCACUAGUCGUGGUUCUACUAGUACCUCUUGAACUUCUCCAAAGAGGAUUCGGAUUGUGUUUUUUAUUCUCUAAAAGAACAUGAUGUAUUCGAAAACUCGAAAUAAGCGAGUUACUGACUGAAAUAAGAGAGGCUUGACUACAUUCCUCUUCUUUCUUCAGUAUCUCCCUUCUUUUCACUAGUCACUCGCUUAUUUCAGUUUAUCGAAUAGUUUAUUUUGCUCAGUGCUGGUCCGCUUUCUACUUCUAGUUGGGUAGAUUUUCCAUUUCCACUUCUAACAUCUCCCUGAAGCUUUGGAUACGUUGAUCCAGGCAAAAGCGGUCACGAUCAAGCGCCUCCUGGAAAUCGCGCCAGAGGGUGUGAUCGACCCCACGCCGUUCCUCUACGACACCACUUUCUACAGCAUAUCUGGGAUUCUGGCGGUAGCUGCGGUCUCAAAUGCACUCAUUCGAAAGGUGAAAUGAGCAUACUAUCGCGUGCAAUCAUCAGGAAGGUAAAUAAUUGGCUCACAGCACUGUUGUUGUUGGUUGAAGGUAUUAUGGCUGACUUAACAACUCAUUUAAGGUGGAAAUGUGAUUGUGAAGUGAAUGAAAUAUACGAUUAUGGAUACACGCUACAUUGUUCAGAAAUAGAAAGGGCGAAAGUACAGUAGAGUGGUAGUUGAUGAACUGUAGGGAUGGAGGUUGCAGUGCUGGAUUGCGCAACGACAUCUCAAAAACUUACGUCAUGUGUGUCGCUGAUACGUAGCAGUAGCACUAAUCAUGGCACCUAGAACUAGAUAUUCUAAGAACAAGAUGGGCAUUCGAAAUUAGAAAGGUUUCAGCCCGUUUUACUUGAUAGGCUGCAAUCUUGUAAUCGAAGGAGAAAAAUAGAUACAUUAGGAGUCCGCGUAAGAUUCUGGAAACAUGAUCCCUGAGCGAGGGAAGUAGUAGGUCACAUCCGAACUACCUCAAGCUGCUCACAUCCUAAAUUAGAAACUCUACUAGUGCUGUAGUGUCGAACAGUCGACACAAAGAACUGAAGUCACAGACUCUAUAGUUUUGAACACCAUUUAGUAUGCAGAACUAGGUACUGAGAACAGUUGAUCAUCUCGCUCUUUAAGUAGCGUCAAAAGUAACGUUAGCGGGAGUAAGUACCUGGUUGCUUGCAAAAAAUGAUAAUAACUCACGAAAAAUAGGGCGAAGCAAGUGCAGUACUACAGAUGAAUGGCGCAAGAAGAACAUGGAGUAGAUUCUACUUACUAUCCUUCUAGAACGUAAAAGUCUUGCGCCUGUCAAAUUAGACGAAGUGACAAGACGAGCUGUAGUAUCUACUUGAAGAUAAGCUCGUCCGAUUAGCGUGCCGACUUCUAGUAGACUCGUGAUGCGUGAACAUCAGGAUCAGACCUGCUCUUCACCAACUACCACUCAAAAAUAAGCACGGCCGGCACAUGAUAGAUCAAAAAAAAAUGAAAUUAAGAAGAAGGGACACGUGCACGUCGAAGCUGACACGGUAAAAAAGAG